AUGACGCUAAAUGAUAAGGAUUGUGGGUAAAAGGAAGACCGUUGUUUACCAUGGCGACGGGGACGCUACCGUCUGUUGUUAACGCAUACAAAGUGCCCCUAACAUUAUUUCUGUUAAUAUACAUAGGUCCACUUAAUUGCCAGCAGUUUGUCAUCCCAUUUAAGGCUCCUUCAGAUUGUGGUGCGGAAGAGUUUUUCGAUAUCUCGAGUCUCUCGUGUGUGAGGUGCGGUUCAAAUCAGCGACGGAGCACAACAGGACUCAGCUGCAUUUGCAAAAAUGGAUACCAAACUCUCACCACUGAGAAGGCUUCCAUUACUUGUCAGCCAUGUCCCUCUGACAAACCUUCAGUAACUACAGGUGGGUUUGGAUGUAUUCGUUGUCCAGGCAGUCUCAGUGAUGAGGGGAAGUGCCAGUGCCCGCCAGGCAAUGUUCUGGUGGAGAGAGAUGUCAAUGGAAACCUUUUGGAGGAGGCCAUCUGUGAAAAGUGUAAUGGAAACUCCCCUUCUUUCUCUGUACCAAACCACAGUGGAGACAGGUGUGAGAGAUGUCAGGCUUCCUUCAGUAACAUUUCCUGUCUGUGUAACCCUCCUAAUGUCCUGGCAGAAGGAUUAUGUUUCCCUCCAGGCAGCCUCUCCACUAAUGUCAAUCCCAGUGUCAACUAUGCUGAGUUGAAGUUCAGUGUCCAGUCUGCGUGGUUCAUCAAAAAUCUGUACACCUCCUCAGCAGCCUGCCUUAUCUUCUCCAACCUGACGGCAUGUCAGGCUCUUGGGAACAUGUGUGUGAUGAACAUGCACUCCUUAAGCAGCGUCUCCACCGAUGCCUGCGGUCUCUUCAACACCAUCUUCAGAUCUAGGGCUGCUUUGAGCUCAACUCAAGACAUUUCCUACUGGAGAGUUAAUCUGCCAUGGCUUUACUAUGGAGACGAACCAGGACUGGCCAGUCGAGUGCUUCAGACCGAUCCUGUUCCCAUUGGGUUCAGUUUCAGAGGAAGAAACAAAAACACUGACAUUAAGCUGCUUGCUGCUGUCUAUAAUGUUAGAGGAGAGUUCCUCAGAUGGGAGCAAGUAGGAGGACGUAAUCUCCAGCUUUGUCCAGAAACAACCACCAAGCAGGCAGCAGCCUUCAGUUUUGGAACUGCUUACCAAGAAAGCUGUGAUAUUUCAGUAGCAGAGCUGUUGGGUACCCAUCCUGAGCCGAUGUUCUAUGAUGUGUUCAUGGAUCUCGGAGGAGGAGAGAACAGAAAACUUCUCCCUCUGCCCACACUAGUCUAUAACCAGCAAUACAAUGGACGGUUCAUCAACCAAGAGAGCAUGAAGAACUGGUACCUGUCUCGGCGUAUGUUUGUUGUUGACACGCUGAGUGGAAGAGAGAAGAGUACGGAUUCCCUGCCCAAAGUCAUCCGUGUAGCCAACAGUGUCAAAAUAAGGUUUCAGCUGGUUCCAAGAACCCAGGAAGGACAGGUGUUUACCCCUUUAAUGACUGUGACCUACAAAGACGUUCCUAUUACGGAUAUCAAUACACAAACUGUGACUAUUACGUUUGCUGUAGAGUAUGAGAUGGAUCAGAAUGAGGCUCGCAUAAAGACAGAUACUGCUCUUGGUGUGAUGGGUGGUGUGGCCGUCCUCUACUCUCUGCUGAAGACGGUCAGCUGGAAGAGGAGGAUUUCCUCACCACUCAUAGACGUGGAGACUAUGCUGAAGUUUUUCUUGUUUUAUGCUGGAGAUCUGGCCAAUGUUUUCUUUGCCGUCACUGUGGGAACUGGACUUUACUGGCUCAUCUUGUACAAGACAUUAAAGGCUCAACAGUUUGUAUCAGUGCUGUUACCGCUACCUGCUCAGGAGGAGCAGUUUGUGACAUACAUUGGUUGUGCCUUUGCUCUCAAGGCUUUCCAGUUUCUCCACAAGCUGAGUCUUCAGGUGUCAAUUGAUGUUUUCUUUAUUGACUGGGAGAGGCCACGGAGCAAAGCUAACAGAACAGUGCAAGUUUCAGCUACCGGUAAGCCCAAACGUGACCCCUCUCCAGUCAGCAUCUGGAGGACCUACUUUGUGGCUAAUGAAUGGAACGAGAUCCAGACCAUCCGCAAGAUCAGCCCAACUUUUCAGAUCAUUGCUGUGCUCUUCUUUCUUGAAGUGUUGGGUUUCUCUAACCUGGCCCUCAGGGACCCCUGGCCAACUUUACAGCGCUCGUCACAGGCAUACAUCCCCCCAUACAGUCUGAUGCUGCGCUAUGGUCUGGCAGCCACGUUGUGGCUCUGCAUUGGACUUCUGCAGGUGAUUUUCUUCACUGUGUUUCAUGAGCACUUUGUGGAGGACAAAAUCCGUCAGUUUGUAGACCUCUGCUCCAUCAGUAAUAUUUCUGUGCUGCUGUUAUCUCACCGUUGUUUUGGCUACUACAUUCACGGACGUUCAGUACAUGGCCAUGCAGACACAAACAUGGAGGAAAUGAACAACAAUCUGAAUAGAGAAUCUGAGUCCCUGUGUGGUCAGAGAGGACUACUUCCCAACACAGAGAUCCAGACCUUUCAGGUGUCUCUCACCAACCGCUUGCGGUCGCAGUAUGACAGGAUACGGGAGCAGAUCAACAGUAGGCAUGGGCCAUCACGGCCAAUGGAUGCAUUCUCGGCUAAUCAGUUUGAGCAGAGGGCCAGAGGCUACCAGACCAUGAACCACUUUCUGGGAUCCAUUAUAGACCAUGCUUAUCCAGACAUGGACUAUAUAGUGAAGGACAAGCUGAUGUUUGAGAGGGUCAUAGGAAUGGAGUUCCUGGAACCCAGUGAAAAAAGCAUCUUUUACAAUGACGAGGCCCACUCCUUUAGUGAUGUGCUGUUUUAUGGGAAUGAGGCAACGCUGCUGAUCUUUGACACUUUGUUCUUCUGUGUUGUCGACCUCGGGUCUCAGAGCUUUGUACUUGCAGCGGUGCUUACAUGCGUACAGCAAAUGAUAUUUCGCUUGAUCCGUAACACUCUCGGAAGGAAGAACCUUGUCAGAAAGACUCUGGUGGAUAAGAGAUUUUUGAUAUAAAAUUCCCUGCUAAGUAAUUUGUAGUGUCGGUGUUGUUUAGUGACAUUCCUCUUAAAGAUGUUACACAGCUUGUACAGCUUUUUUUGUACUUUACAUAUACAGUAUUUUUAUUGCUGUUUCAUGAUGUAAAUAUGAGCAUUUCUGUUUUUGUAUGAGUUUUUAUUGAUUAAAAUGUUUUGAUAUGAA